AUCGGAUUACCUGCUUCUUGCCAUAAAUAUAGGUAUAUGCUAUAUGCAGUAUGACGACCCUGUAUUUUUACCAUUUACCAUUUUAAUCAUCACACAUGGCUGAAGGCUAGCAAAACCAUUAGCCCAGAUACGAAAGCAGGAGGAAGAGGGUUGUUCACACAGCUCACAGGAUAGAGCUUGAUGGAAAACAGGUUUGACUUGGGUGUAACAUUCAACAAGUGAAACAUUCAGUGUUACUUUCACACAGCAUUUCUCUACGGAACUUAAGGUCUUCAUCUUCAAGCAUGAAUAAACACAAAGUCAGAGAUGUCACUGUGAACACCCUGACUUCUAACUUGCCAGAAGACAAAAGGAAGCAGCUCUGUGCUUUGCUUGGCGAUGUGGAUCUGACUCUUCUCUAUAAGGCUUCUGUUCAUGGAUAUAACGCUUCUGCCUUUCAUCAGAGAUGUGACCGUCAGGGUCCAACUUUACUUGUCGCCUACAACAGUUCAGGCUACAUCUUUGGUGGAUACACUAGUGUAGAUUUCACUCAAAGCGGGCAGUAUAUUGCUGAUGAGGACAUAUUCUUAUUCUGCUUUCAGGGCAAGAUCCCUGUGUGUAUGAAACUUAACAGUGGGUAUAAUGCUCGUCUUGAUGACACUGGCGUACCCAGCUUUGGCCAACAGUUGUACUUUUGCUACAACAACCAACCAAUGGUGUAUAAUCAAGGUGUGAGUGCAUUUACUGUUAACACUGCAAUAAUGUAUGGGAACGACACUCAGCUGAGUGAAUGUGAGGUGUACAAAGUGGAGCAGAGCACCCAAGUCAAAUUUGAGGUGAAACCUUGGAGGAGUGUUCUGUGGACAGCUGAACGAAGAGAGGAGCUCAUGGAAAUGAUCAGGAAUUAUAAACCCCUGACAUCUUCUGUCAGCCAUAUUCGAAUCCUGAUGAUUGGUCCUGUUGGUGCUGGAAAAUCCAGUUUCUUCAACUCUAUAAACUCCAUCUUUAUGGGUCGCAUAACCAGCAAAGCCAUGUCAGGAUCUGCAGGCACCAGUCUGACCACACAGUUUCGCACUUACCCAAUAAAAGACGGUCGUGAAGGAAAGCCAUUGCCGUUUGUGUUGUGUGACACCAUGGGCCUCGAGGAGCAAUCAGGAGCAGGACUGGACAUUGAGGACAUCAGCAGCAUUCUUCAAGGACAAAUACCAGACCGCUAUAAAUUCAAUCCCGUCACAUCGUUUCAACCUGAUGAGCAAAAGUCCUCCAGACCUGCGUCUCUACAGGAGAAGAUCCACUGUGUGGUGUACGUGAUCGACGCCACCAAAAUCUCCCUCAUGUCUGAGAAACUAGAGGAAAAACUGUCUGCCAUACGCAGAAAAGUCAACUCACUGGGCAUUGCUCAGAUUGUCUUGAUGACAAAAGUAGAUGAAGCUUGUCCACUAGUGGAUGAAGACCUACAAAGCCUUUACCUCAGUUCCUACAUCAAGACGAAGGUGCAGGAGGUGAGCUCUCGGUUGGGUGUGCCGGUGUCUUGUGUUUUACCGGUGAAGAACUACAGUCAGGAGCUGGAGCUGGAGCUGAACUGUGAUGUCCUGCUUCUCACCGCUCUACAGCAGAUGCUCAACUUCGCUGAAGACUAUCUGGAUGAUGUUGCUCCUAAAUAAAGAAAAGCUGUUUUUAUUUUCUCAAUACUUUGUGCUAUAUAUGAUUUAAUCUUGAGACUAAAAAAGUCAUGAAAAUAUGCAGAAUAGUGCUACCUUGUCAGUAGUGAAUUUUCAUGCAGUUUAUAGUAUAUUAUUUUCCUUGGUAUGCAUUUAUACUAGUUAAACCACCUAUCAACUUUAAAAUUGGCCAAUGGUGAGUUUGUGGUACAAACAGUAGGAUUUAUAAAAUUUUCUCGGUUAACAAGAAAACAAAUUUCUUUAGAAUAUAUUGAAACUUUCAACACAUACCUUUUACAUAUAGAGCCUUAUAGCUAUUAAAUAAACUGAGUAAGGUACU